GGCUGGCCUAAAUCUAUAUAUUACUGUAAUGCAAAUGAGAAAAGUUAUUCGUGAACUCCGUGAGAAGGGCUAUCGGCCAAUACCGUAGAGUGCCUCGUCAUGAUAUCGAGUUAUUUCCAUAUAUGACUAAAAAGUAGAAAAACACAACACCUUACUAUUGUAGUUCCGAUAUAAUACUGAUCUAGUGUUUCUUUAUAUUUCAGCCAUCCUUUUGAACCUUUAAUCCGGUUAAAUCGACCCUCAAAAUGGCGUUGACUGUGGACGAGGUACUUGAAAAGAUUGGGAGCCUGGGGCUGUACCAGAUCAGGCUGAUCUUUAUCCUAAGCUACAUAGAAUGGUUCAAUAUAACCUUCCAGAUCAUGGUACCUACCUUCCUCUCUGCGGAACCCAAGUGGAUGUGUGUCCCUCAUCUCAAUAACACCGCUUGUAACUUCACUGGAGAAUUCACUGCAGUGGAUAAAAGACGAUGCGAUAUGCCGAGGGAGGCCUGGACAUUUACCGAUGAUUUUACUUCCGUUGUCACGGAGUUUGACCUGGUUUGUGACAAAGCCGUGCUCUCCUCCCUUUCCACAUCACUGGUGUUUGCCGGCUGGCUGGUUGGUGCAAUCAUUGGUGGUGUUUUGUCAGAUAUCAUUGGCCGUAAACCCAUUAUGCUCGUAUUCUGUUUCGCGUGUAGUUUGUUUGGCCUUUUCGCGUCCUUUCCUCAUCAUUUCUGGCUUUUUAUUCUAUUCAGGCUCUUGACUGGAUUGUGUAUUGGGGGAGGGGGGAUGGCAAUUUACGUGCUUGCAACUGAGUUCGUGGGAAGGAGGCAUCGUCACGCGGCUGGUACGUCACUGUGGUACUCGUGGACCUUAGCUCUAGUGAUGUUAGCAGGUCUGGCGUAUGGAGUGCGUGACUGGAGAAUCCUGUCAAUCAUCUGUGCCGCGCCUGGUUUACCAUCUAUUUUAGGUUGGCGGUUUAUUCCAGAGUCGUCAAGGUACUUGCUGCUAAAAGGAAGGGUUACAGAGACAGAGGAUGUGCUGCGAGAUAUCGCUGCCGCUAACAAGAAGGAAUAUCCGGACGAACUUCUCUACAACCCGAGUGCUGAUGGGAAGGUACAAAAAAUGGGAGACGUCAGAGAUUUGUUUCGAACCAAGAAAAUGUUGCACAGGACUGUUGUCUCUUGGUAUGCCUGGUUUGUAAACGCCAUGGUUUACUAUGGUGUUUCAUUCAGCACUCCUACACUUGGUGGAAACAUGUACCUGAAUUUCUUCCUGGCCUCCAUUAUCGAGAUUCCCGCCAAUUAUGUUGGUAUCUGGGCCUUGGGCAGGUUCGGCCGAAAAAGGCCGCUGGUUUAUUGCAUGAUUAUUGCUGCCAUUGCCUCUGCCGGCGCAGUGUUGUUUACAAUGUAUGACCCCGGUGAGGACAAAGGUUUCAUGGUUGGCCGUAUUAUCAUGGCAUUGUUAGCCAAGUUCUUUAUAUUCAUUUCAUUCGAUGCCGUGUAUGUGUACGCUGCCGAGCUCUUUCCCACAGUCAUCAGGAACAUCGGCAUGGGAUCAUCAACGGCAGCUGCGAGGAUUGGUUCAUUUUCGUCUCCUUAUAUCAUCCAUCUGCGACUCGUGCAUCCACUCCUCCCGUACGGCAUCAUGGGAGUUAACGCGCUGUUGGCGGGUUUGUUGUCCCAGACGCUGCCAGAGACGAAAGGAAUGCCAACCGCUGAGACAAUGGACACCGAAAGCGCAGAAGAGGCCUAUGUGGCAUUACAACUGGCAGAUCCCAAAGAAAAGGACCCGGAGGAGAUGAAAGACCUCUCCAUGGCUGACGCCGUCAAGGACACCGCCAGGGUUCAUCUUGUGGAUGAUAAGAGUCCGUCUUCUAUAUGAACUGGCCCGGAGACUUUCUCAAGCAAACUGGUGAUUUCAUGAGUGAUGUAAUAAAACCUAGAAGUAAAAAACUGUAGAUUAUAAAGCCCCAGCCGCAAAAAAUUGGCUACAUAAGCACCAUAUAUACUAAAGAAAACAAAGGAAUAUAACAGGAGUAGCACUAUUUAGAGCUUAUUAAAACACAUUUUAGUAGAUACACCAAUCACAAAAA